GUAUAUCAAAAUUAUUAUCUAUAUAGUUCUGAAUAAUAACAAGUAAUUGCGUCAUAUUUUAAAGCUAAGAAUAAAGAAUUUGUGACUAUAAAACUUAUUUCACAGAUAGCCACACUGACGCAGAUAUGGUAAAUUUAGUCACGGAAAUGCAACUGAUGAAAAUCAUCGGCAGACAUGAAAAUGUACUAAGACUACUCGGAUGUUGCACAAUCGAUGGACCUACGCUCCUCAUCAGCGAAUACUCGUCGCAUGGAAAUUUACUCGAUUUCCUCCAAAAAAAUCAUCACCCCACCACAUCCCAAAAAGUCACACAACAUGAUCUGUCUGAAGAAACACUAAUUACAUUUGCUCUACAAAUAGCAAAAGGAAUGGAGUACUUGGCUUCCAUUGGAUUCGUCCACCGAGACCUCGCAGAUCGAAAUAUUCUUGUAUUUGACAACAAUGUCGUGAAAAUAGCCGAUUUCGGAUUAGCCAGAGAUAUUCGACAAGCCGACUACUAUAGAUUAAAAACCGGUGGUAAACUUCCAGUCAAAUGGAUGGCACCUGAAGCCUUAACAGACAGACGCCACACAUCAAAAUCCGACGUAUGGUCCUACGGCGUAUUACUUUGGGAGCUGAUGACGUUGGGCGAUGAUCCUUAUCCGUUGUACAACGAUGCAAAAAAAUUAAUGGACGACAUUGAGUCAGGGUAUCGCUUAAAGAAGCCCGCCAACUGUUCGAUUAACACGUACUCUCUAAUGUACAAAUGCUGGAAUUAUCUGCCCGCGGAUCGGCCUGAAUUUACAAAUAUCAUUAAAGAUUUGGAUGGCAUGCUGAUGAAUUUUGACAAAGCAAUCGAACAACCUGAUCCUCCCAGCUCAAACUAUUCGAGUACAACAGAAUCCGAUGACACAGAUGAUGAAACCAACGCAAUCGAACAACUUCAUCCUCAUAGCUCAAAAUACACGAUUGAAUCCGAUAACACAGAUGACGAAAUCAACGAUCUAUUGAAAAUCUGUGUUGAAUGAUUAAAUGGCAGUAGUCCUUAUUUUUAUUGAAAUUAAGAAUGUAUUUAUUAGGUGUAAUAUGAAUCAAGUACAAACGUAUUCAUGUAAACUUUUCCAAAUCAACCAGGUAUUCAUUUAGAUUAAUUACUUACUUCUUUCUAAGUGCCCACAGUUAUCUACUGAUUCUGUUAAAUGAAACACGAUAUAAUUUUUUUUUUUUGAAAAAUAGAGUGUGUUCCAAUUAAGCCAGAGGAAUUAAAUUCAAUUUUCUGUAUUAAGUCAAAUACGAGUACCUACCUAAUGAAGUUUAGUGCUUAGCAGUUACUGAGGGUAACUGAACCUUAUAUUUUUUUUCUAUUUUCUAU